AACUCUACCUGUCUGACAGUCGUCAAGAAAAGACUACUUAUCAUUCGGUUUUCACAAAUAAUACAAAAACCAGAUUAUUAAAAUGAUUGGAGUCCGCGCCAUCACAAAGUCGUCCCCAGUGGUCAGAACUCUUUUGCAACAGACCAGGAACUUCAAUGAUGCUUAUCCAGUAGUAUCAGGGCCCCCAAGGACUAAGAUUUCUACUGCUGAGAAAAUUGUCCAUGGAGCCGUCAUCACAGUCGGUUGCUUGGCCAUCCCCGCUUGGGUGCUCCUCCAUUUGCAAGAAUACAAAGGAGAACAAUAAACAAUGAAAAUUCUUAGUAAAUGUGUGAUAAGUGUAAAUUUAACUAAAUACAAAGGAAUAAAGUA